CCAGAAGACGGAGCACACAUUCACUGGACCUGUCUAUCUCACUUAGAAUGGCACAGAACGGAACGGCAGAGAAUGGAGUGGCCGACCAAAUGCCUGUUCCUCAUCCUGUCGGAGUGAAGGACAUCACACACACCAAGAUUUUCAUCGACAAUGAGUGGCACACAUCCAGCAGAGGAAGGACGUUUCCAACUUUCAACCCAGCGACAGGUGUCAAACUCUGUGAUGUGGAAGAAGCAGACAAAGAGGACGUGGACCGGGCGGUGGGAGCAGCGAAGGCGGCCGGGAGGAGAGGCUCUCCGUGGCGGAGGAUGGACGCGUCCGGCCGGGGAAGACUGCUGCACAAACUGGCCGACCUGAUGGAGAGGGACCGGCUGCUACUGGCGACCCUGGAGAGUCUGGACACAGGGAAGCCCUUCCUGCAGUCCUUCUUCAUCGACCUGGAGGGCAGCAUCAAAACUCUCCGCUACUACGCAGGCUGGGCCGACAAGAUCCACGGGAAGAGUCUGCCUGUAGAUGAAAACUUUGUGUGUUUAACCAAACACGAGCCUGUUGGUGUGUGCGGCGCCAUCAUCCCAUGGAACUUUCCUCUGCUGAUGUUCGUGUGGAAGAUAGCACCCGCCCUGAGCUGUGGAAACACUGUGGUCAUGAAACCAGCUGAGCAGACCCCCCUCACAGCGCUGCACGUAGGAUCGCUCAUCAAAGAGGCUGGCUUUCCUCCUGGAGUGGUGAACAUCGUUCCAGGGUUUGGCCCCACAGCCGGAGCAGCGAUCGCCAGCCACAUGGACGUGGACAAAGUGGCCUUCACCGGCUCUACAGAGGUGGGACAGCUGAUCAAAGAAGCAGCAGCCAAAAGUAACCUGAAGAGAGUGACUCUGGAGCUGGGAGGGAAGAACCCUGUCAUCGUGUUUGCUGACUGUGACUUGCAUCUGGCUGUGGAGGAGACCCAGAAGGGAGCGUUUUAUAACCAGGGUCAGUGCUGCACGGCUGCGUCUCGAGUCUUUGUGGAGGAGAGUAUCUACGAGGAGUUUGUGCGUCUGAGCGUAGAAAACACAAAAAAGAUCGUAAUAGGAGACCCGCUGGAUCCCCGCACAUCACACGGGCCUCAGAUCGACCGGCAGCAGUUUGAUAAGAUCAUGGAUCUGAUAGAGAGCGGGAAGAAGGAGGGAGCCAGACUGGAGCGCGGAGGAGCCGCUGUGGACGACAAGGGCCUCUUCAUUCAACCCACCAUCUUCUCAGGGGUCAAAGACCACAUGCGCAUUGCCAAGGAAGAGAUCUUUGGUCCUGUGCAGUGUAUAUUCAGCUUUAAGAGUCAGCAGGAGGCCAUCGACAGAGCAAACAGCUCAGAGUACGGCCUGGUGUCUGCAGUCUUCACCACCAGUUUGGACAGAGGUCUGACUGUGUCUGCGGCUCUGGAGAGCGGCACCGUGUGGAUAAACUGCUACAACGCCCUUCAUGCCCAGGUUCCCUUUGGAGGAUAUAAGAUGUCAGGAAACGGACGUGAACUGGGGGAGUAUGCCUUGGCUGAGUACUCUGAGGUGAAAGCAGUGACCAUCAAACUGAGUGAGACCCUGUGAGGAGAAGAGGGACGGUCCGUUUGAAACAUCAGGACAAAAACACACACCUUUACAACACACGCACACACACACACACACACACACACACUAUCAUGUCGUCAGUCAGGCUCAUACACAUCAGGGUGAAGGCAUCUUUAGAGACCAUGUCAAAGGGCGGAGCUUAUACUCUCUGCUGACUGAGGAGGUUGGGUUGUAAUGCUGUAACAGGGUGUCUCAUUAGGUGUUUAACCCUUUGUUUCUGUGUUGAAAUGCUCCCAGUUGUAGAUGUAAAUGUCCUCCUUUUUCUCCAGCUGUAGGUGACAAACAUGUUUUUUUUUACACAGACAGGGGUUAACACCUGAGGGGUGCACUAAGAAGUGAGAUAAGAGGGUAGUCCUGGCCUGUUGUGCCUAAAGCCAGAGUUAGCUGGCUCUCCUUUAAGCUGGCUAGAUCACCAUGGUGACUGACUCCGUACCAGGUAAUGUUUAGAGCUAACAGUUUAACGUUACCUGUGAAUGUCCUCAGUUCAGUUUUAAUGUCAGAGACGAAGCUGUGCCGUUACAGUAGCACAUAGCCUACUGUAUGUGUCAUGUCAUGGAGCCUGAAUACAUUUAGUUUGGAUACCUGUUGGUCUCAGGUCAAACUAGCAUGUUUAAUCUCUUCAGAUCAUCCCCACAGUAAAAGAACGCUGAGAACACAGCAUCUUAAAAAACUUCAACUUUAUACUGUAUGCUUCAUUAAAAUAUGCUGAAGUCUGUUUAACACGGCUGGUUUUAACAUUUCACCACUAGGUGUCACUGUUGUUAUUUUACACUGUUGAUUAAGGCUAUAGGCUUCAGUCAUCAUCUAUUCAUAAUCAUCAUAUUUUAAAAACAUUUGAGUUUCGAUUUGUGGAUUAACGUCAGUUAACAGAAGUUAUUUUCAGCCGUUAGUCUGUUCAGAGACGAUAAGAUACGAGAGGAAAUAUUAUAUCAAACACUGCAUUAAGAAAGAUGUUUUUCUGAGGGGUCAGUUAGCCUAGCUAUAUCGCCUGCCCAACGUACAGAGUCAAAAGGGUUCAAAUCCAGCCUCAGCACUUUGCUGAAUGUCCUCCCAGCACUUCCUGUCUCUCUUCAGCUGUAAAAUCAAAGAAAGGCAAAAAGGCCCAAAAUAUAUCUUUACAAAAAAAAACUAAAAGAAAGAUGCUUUUCACUGAUUGGUCAGGUUAAAACAUCAUUUUGGUUACUUUGGAUGUUACACUCUACAAGUUAGGAUGACCCCUACCAUCUCCAAACGACGACAUCAUUUAAACUACAAUUGAACUAGUUUUCAUAGAGUGUGGUAACUUAAGACACCAACACACAGCUGCAGACAAAGGACACAGGGAGGUCUAAAUAUUUUCACCACACGGGACAAGAAGGAGAAGAUGUGGUUAGUUUUCUGCUGACUCCUGUGAUGUCCUCUGACACAGGAUUGUUAAUCCCACAGAGUAAUGACACUAGAUACAUAGAAAUAAAACAUAGUGAUUAAUCAACACUGAUAGGAUUUACAUGUGAGUGUUCGGUUCUGUUCAUCAGAAACACUGAGAUGAUGUCUGUCUGUAUUCCUAGAUAUAUGCAAAUCUUUUUUUUUUACUGAUCCUGACCUGUGUGCUGUCAUAUGAAUGUCCUCUGUGCUGAACAGACUGUUUCUUAUCUCAGCUAAGGUAACAUUUACCUGGAUGAUAAAGUUGUAGAACUGGAACAGCACCAAUGGUGCAGUGUUAGUGUCGACUUGGUGUGUGUUUUUUUAUACCAACAUGUUUAUAUUUUCACACAUGGACAACAAAUCUGUCUGCAUUUUCUCAUAGUAGUUUGUAUUUAAACUGACAUUUUGAAUUAAAGAAAA